AUGCAACCUAGGCGUGUAUUUGGGACUUUGCCCCAAUUGGAUAACCCUGAACAUGAUCAUGUCAUGGAGCUGACAUCUCCUAUGCAAGGCAUGGAACAGGGACAUCAGGAAGGAGUAGGAAUUACCCCUUCUAAACAGGCUGACCAACCGGAUAUGGAAUCAUUUCAACUUGCCACAGCUAGGAUCCUAGACCCUAGGCAUGAGAAUCCAGGGAAUAACACACCCUUGGAGGACCCUGCCACCAGGGAAAAGGAAACCCCUUUGGUAGAUGAGGCAACCAGGAAUAAGACAGUGAAGGAUUUUAUUGAAGACUUCUUUGCCAAAUUCCCUGAGGAAACUCAACCACCAAAAACUGAGGCAAACAGGAAAUGGAUUACUAAUGACCACCUUACAAGUACCCAAAAGGUCUAUGGAUUCUUAAUGGAACUAGUAAUGGGAGUCAAAAGGUUGGAGAAACAUAUUGACAACCAUCUAAAGAUGGAACAGGAAAUGCUGGAUCAAGGCAUUUCUCAGGAGGUGAUUGAUGAAUUGGAUAAAAUACUUCCCUUGUCUUCCCUCUGGGAGGCUGAGAACAACAGUGAAUCCAAUUCUGAUAAAUCAGGGUCUACUGAAAUCCAAUGUGAGAACAUCAUGCCUGCCAUCAGAACAGAGACCAGGAUCUCCAAGGCCACUGGAAAUGCCACCUCUUACCACCUUGAUAGAUCCAGUGAGCACAGGACCAAGUUCCCUUGGUCCCAGGACAACCUGGAUCAAUGGGCACCCCCAGAUCCAUCCAUGGGCUGGGACAUGGGGAAUGAUCAACCCCCUAUCACCAACAUCUAUGACUGGCAUAAGGUCAUCACAAGAUGUGACUCCUUCCAACAAUCCAAGGCUUAUGCCAAACUACUUGAUCCCUCAGCAACCCUUGAUUACAUACCAAUGGGUCAACAAUGGAAAUGCUACUGGAUUGGAAGAACCCUACGCUGUCCAAUCAGGGGAUACCUCCGCUGGGUUGGCAGUGAGCCACCAAAACAACCCAAACUAAUGCAAAGUACCAAGUUCUUUGUGUGUAGAGGUAAUGUGGGUGCCUCUGUGGAGGAUGUAGUGAGGGCCCCAGUGCUAAAGCACACAAGGAAGUUGGCAGAGUGGCAUCUAGACAUUGAGGAAAUUGAUCCUGAAUGGUGGAUACCAAUCUCAACAGUAAGGGAAUGGCUGGCUGCAGAAAUUGAAAACUGGAAAAACAAACUGCCAUCAGGCUUAGGUGGCUAUGUGGACAACCUCACUCCUGAGGAUGUCUAUUACAUGAUCCUAGAACGCAAAAUGAGCAUAGAGGAUCUACAUGACUGGCUCAAACAAUGGGCCAUGCAAGCAGCUCAGAAUGAUCUGAGCAGAAGUAUAUCCAACUUAGCAAUCCAUGAAUUAAGUGAUGAAGGAGGACAUGAGUCUGACCUUGAAAGUAACAAGGCCAUGAACAAAUGGAAUCCCUUGGAUUAUGCUGAUGGAAUGUGA